AUGAACCCUCAACAAAAUCCACUACCGAGAUCGUUGUCACUACAACCAAAUCCACCACCGCAACCAAUUCCAUUGCCAUCACAACUUCAACACGUUAUAUUUAGAACUAAUAAUAUUUUCGACGACCAGGCGACUACUCAAACUCAAAAUGACACUUCAUCAAAAUUUCCUCCACUUUAUAAAUUAAAACUUCAAAUGAACCCUCAACAAAAUCCACCACCGCAACCGUUGGCACUGCAACCAAAUCCACCACCGCAACCGAUGCCAUUGCCAUCACGACAGCAACAACUUCAACACACUAUAUUUGGAACUAAUAAUAUUUUCGACGACCAGGCGACUACUCAAACUCAAAAUGACGUUGCAAGCAUACUCUUGGAAACUUAUCAGUAA